ACAACGCCCCCAAGCUCCACGUGUCCUUCUUCAUUCAAACACAGCUUCCCCAAUUUCACUCUCCAAUCCAAGCUCUCUCUCAUCUCAGUCUCACAGUGACCGUUCCAUUCCACUGAAACAACCAAAAAAAACUCAUCUUUUCUUCACCUCCAAAAUUCAACCAAUUCAAUCACAAUCUUCUCUCUCAUGCGAACCUAACACCCAAACAAAAAUGAGCUCAUCAUCACACUUAAUCUCCAUUCCCAACCCUCCCACUCUCUCUCCCCCAAUCCUCCCUCCAAACCCAAACCACAAUUUCCCAAAAAAACUCGAAUUCUCCGACCGCGGCCGCCGGAGACUCCUCAGCUCCGGCACCGGAAGAGUCCGAGCCAAAGCCAAAGAUCUCGUCCUUGGAAACCCCUCGGUCACAGUCGAAAAGGGAAAAUACAGCUAUGAUGUCGAAACCCUAAUCAACAAGCUCUCGAGCUUGCCUCCUCGAGGAAGCAUCGCUCGCUGCCUCGAUUCCUUCAAGAACAAGCUCAGCCUCAGCGAUUUCGCUCUCGUCUUCAAAGAAUUCGCAUCUCGCGGCGAUUGGCAACGAUCGCUCCGACUCUUCAAGUAUAUGCAGCGCCAAAUCUGGUGUAAACCUAACGAACACAUCUACACUAUCAUGAUUGGUGUGCUUGGGCGUGAAGGCUUGCUCGAGAAAUGCUCCGAGGUGUUCGACGAAAUGCCUAGCCAAGGAGUGCCUCGCAGUGUCUUCUCUUUCACAGCUAUAAUCAAUGCCUAUGGCCGAAACGGUCAGUUCGAGACUUCUUUGGAGCUUCUGGGGAGGAUGAAGAAGGAGAGAGUUUCGCCCAGUAGUUUGACUUACAAUACAGUGAUCAAUGCUUGUGCGAGAGGUGGAUAUGAUUGGGAAGGCUUGUUGGGUUUGUUUGCUGAAAUGCGACACGAAGGUAUACAACCCGAUCUUGUCACUUAUAAUACACUGCUUAAUGCUUGUGCGAAUAGGGGUUUAGCUGAUGAGGCAGAGAAGGUUUUUAGGACUAUGAAUGAGGGUGGUGUUUUGCCUGAUAUUACUACUUAUAGUUAUUUGGUUCAGACAUUUGGGUCCUUGGGUAGGUUAGAGAAGGUUUCUGAACUUCUACGUGAGAUGGAGUCCGGUGGGAAUUUGCCGGAGAUAUCAUCUUAUAAUGUGUUAUUAGAGGCUUAUGCGCAUUCGGGAUCGAUUAAAGAGGCAAUGGGAGUGUUUAGGCAAAUGCAAGAAGCGGGUUGCACGCCAAAUGCGUCUACUUAUAGUAUUUUGUUGAAUUUGUAUGGGAAGCACGGGAGGUAUGAUGAUGUUCGUGAACUUUUUCUUGAGAUGAAAGUAAGUAAUACAGAGCCCGAUGCUGCUACUUACAAUAUUCUCAUACAGGUUUUUGGGGAAGGUGGGUAUUUUAAGGAGGUAGUGACUUUGUUCAACGAUAUGGUUGAGGAGAGUAUUGAACCAAAUAUGGAGACUUAUGAGGG